AUGAAUUUGGUCCGGACUCUCUUUGUGAGCGGCCUUCCCCUGGACAUCAAACCGCGGGAGCUCUACCUGCUCUUCAGACCCUUCAAGGGUUAUGAAGGCUCUCUGAUAAAACUCACCUCUAAACAGCCUGUAGGCUUUGUCAGCUUUGACAGUCGCUCAGAAGCAGAAGCUGCUAAGAAUGCGCUGAAUGGAAUUCGCUUUGAUCCCGAAAUUCCACAAACGCUACGACUAGAAUUCGCCAAGGCAAACACCAAGAUGGCCAAGAGCAAGCUAGUGGGAACCCCGAACCCAAGCACUCCUCUCCCCAGCACGGUACCUCAGUUCAUUACCAGGGAGCAAUAUGAGCUCACAGUGCCUGCACUUUAUCCCAGUAGCCCUGAAGUGUGGGCGCCGUACCCUCUGUACCCAGCGGAGUUAGCACCUGCUCUACCUCCUCCUGCUUUCACCUAUCCCGCUUCACUGCAUGCCCAGAUGCGCUGGCUCCCUCCCUCAGAGGCUGCUUCUCAGGGCUGGAAGUCCCGUCAGUUCUGCUGAAUACUGUGUAUCAGGUGUGUGAUGGUGGCUACAAUCAGUCUUGUGGGUAUUAAUGGAGCCUUUGAAGGUGGCUACUGGUUUCUCAUGCCCUCCUUCAAAACUACAGUGUGCUGGCUUGAAAAACCUCACACAAGUUUUGAUUCCUUCAAGACUUUGCCACAGCCUCUAUCACACAUCUGCUCUCGUAGAAGAAAAAAAGCAUACAAACUAAUGAAGUUUUCCUUUUUUACACUGUAUUGUUGUAAGGAAGAGUGUUACUCGUGAAAGCAUGGUCGGACAGUCAUUGCUGUAGAGUUUGAAAAGUAUUUUCAAACAAAAAAGCAAACUAUCAACGCAAAAGGAGAGCAAGUAUUUUUAUACCAAACAUUGUGCAUAUAACUAUCUUACACCGGGUUAGAUCACAAGUUUUGUGCUCGACUUUUGAAUGCGUGCAAUUAAGAUUCUUUUUUUUUUUUUCCUUUUUUGUAAGCUGCAUGUAUUCAAGACGUGUUUUUAAAUCUUGUUCAGAAUUAAAUAGUUGUAUUGUUAGGUUUAUAGGCAUUGUGCUUCGCCUGGGCGGAACUACAGCUCUGGGUAUAUUUACAGUAUUAGGGUUUUAUUCCCCAGUGUACCAUAUUCUAUCAGGCAGGACAAUCAGAAAACAAUUUUUCUACCUUAGGGCUACAGUUACCUUUUGCAGUGUGAGGCUUUAGUCUGGCAGAGAGCUGUGCAGGGAAGAGCCAUGCAUGGAGCAAGUGGAGACUUACUAAUGACCGCUUUCCCUGUGCUUACUUCAGGGACAGUUACAUUUGCUGGGUCACUUGGUAUCUGUCCAGGGACAGGAAGGGCUGGUUCCGGUACUGGCUUGAAAUUUUUACUGUCAACGUAAACAGCUGUAAUGAGAAAAAGUUGACCCCAGUUCAGCAACACACUCAAGAACAUGCUUAAGUCUAGUUGAAUUUAAUGGGACUUCAACACACGCUUACAGUUAACACUUAAGUGCUUUGUUGAAUUAGGGCCUUAAUGAAUAGUUUAUGCCCGUCCAGCUCCUUGCUAUGUAAUAUGCUGGUAUUUUCAAUGCAAAAGUGAAGCCAAAAAGGGAGGCUUUGGCAUUUUCUGCUAAACCCUGUUCUUUACUCCAGUCAUUGUCUUGAAGCAAUAUUUGUAAUGUUUACGGAGAAUAAUGUACCAGCAACAAGAAGCUUAUUUUACCAGUACAUUCCUUUUCCCCUAUUGCUUUUCACUCUGCAUAGGAAUAGAAUAUAGAAAUGAGUCUUUGUUUUCUUGUAAAAGGAUUCACAACUCCUGACCCCUAAAGAUGACUCUCUCUCCGCCCACUCACCCGUAAGGAAUGCUGUGCCGCAGCCUGCACUGAUUGGUUCAAGAAGGACCUGAUUGUUGACAAGUGUGGUGAAAGUGUGCUCACAGGUUUCCCCGUAGUUUUGUUCACAUUGUGCUGAACACGUAAUGAUGUCAGUGUUUUUAUGACGACAACACAAUUGUUCUUUGUGGAAGUGCAGAUGUUGAGAAUUCUUCAGUCUCAAGACCACAAUGAUAGUUGAAAGCAUAAGACAGAAAAACAUAAAUUCUACUUUUGUUUAAACAAAGUGACAAGGAUAACUUGAGAACAAAUUAAAUUCUAAGACAAAUGUUUAAAUAAAUCUAAACAGACGUGUAUGAGUAUUCUAACCAAUAGACUAGUUCUUUAGAAAACUGAUUUUCUGUAUUUGUUUUGGGUAACAGAGGAAAGAAACAUCCACACUCUCUACUCUGCUUUUUUGAAAUAUGUUUAAAGGUACUUUUCUACUGUAAUUUUUAAAAAAUAAAACAAUGAUUAUUAUAACUUA